UGGAUUAAUGUUGUUUACUACGCACUUUAGCAUUAUCGGAUCUCAUCUCCAUAUGCAUAUAGUAAUAUAGUGCUAAUGAUUAUAUUUUUUACAUUUUUUAUACGAAAAUGUCUGAUUUUGGAAAGUUGCAGUUAAUGAAAUAUGGCUGGACCGAAGGCAAAGGUUUGGGAAAGGACGAAAAUGGAAUCGUUAAGGCGAUCAAGCCAAAAAUGAAGUUCGACUUAAAAGGAGUUGGACUCAAAAAUACUGACGAAAAUUGGUGGCAAUCGGUUUACAACAAAGCUUCGAAAAAUGUCACUGUCGACAAGGAUCCCUCAGGUGUCUCAGUGAAAAUAGUUGAUAAAAGUGCGAAAAUAUUUUCCAAAAACGAAGAUUUGGAGGACCUUCAAAAAAAGUACAGAACCGGCGUCAAGGAAUUUAUAAAAACCUCAACUAUAAAAGACGGACACACCGUUCGUGAAGAUGCUGUUGAAUCAAAACUAAAAAUCAAUUUCGACAACUUAAUGAUCAGCGACGAGGAAUUAUUCAAGGCCUGCGGAGGAAGAACAGCUCACAAAGGUGCCAGACACGGUUUAAAAUUAAAUGGUAAACUUGCCCGCAUUGCAAAACAAGAAGAGGAACAAUUAUCCCACACUUCCGAUCUAGCCGAAACUAACAACAAUAGCACUAAAAAAAAGAAGACCCGAACAAAGAAGAAAGCAGUCGAAAAAGAAGAAUUUCUCAAAGACGAAACAAUUGAGAAAACCGAGGAAUCAACCAAGAAGAAGGAGAAGAAGGAAAAGAAGAGAAAACGAAAAGAAAUGGAUGCUGAAGGCGACGAAGCUGCCGAUGAUGAUAAAAAGGAAAUCGCUCAUUUAAUGAACAAUUACAAAAGUCAUAAGUGCCAAUUAACCAAACAUCAGAGGAAAGCGAGUCGAAAGAGAAUAACCCAAUUGGUUGAGAUGCUCGAUAAAAAUUUCAAUAUCGACGAAGAUGAAGCUAAAAACGAAGAUGAAGCAAUGAAAAAACUUUCCGAAGGAAGUAGCCAAAGGAAGAAGAGAAUAAAACUCGAAUCCCAAAUCGAAGAAGUCGACGAUAGUGAUUUAGUUUUACAAACUUCUUUUCCAUUAUUUCGCGAAGGUGAAGAUUAUCUCUCAGUAUUCAAAGAUCUCACAUUUAAACGCUACGAGGAACAGGAUCCAACGAAAUUCUAUCCUGACACGCACAAGAGAAUUAAUAGAAAAGCAAAAAAGAUGGAUAAAUUAAGUGAUGAACUUGACUCCAUGUGUUCACUUGACGAGACGACAAGCAGGAAAAAAGAAAAGAAAAAGUGUAAAAAAGCCUCUUUUAUCGAUUUCGACGAUUGUUACUCGAAAAUCGACGCAAAAAAAUUGAAUAGUAAAAUUGAGAAAAAGAAGAGAAAACGAAUGAUUAAAGCCAGUGAACAAUUGAAAAAAUCCGUAGAUAAACGUGUUUCUAAAUUAAAGCCGAUCUGCGAUAAAAAAUAUGUGUAUGCAAUGAGUUUAUCAUAAAUUUUCCAUUUUUUUUUUAAUUAAAAAUUUAUUAAUUUCUAAUUUAUAAAUAGUUUCUAAUCUAGUGAAUAAUUCCGCAUUUUGUAUAUUCGCGAAAUCAAUUUAUCGAUAUUAACAAUUUCUAGUAAUUCGUAUUUUGUAUAUUCGCGAAAACAACCGAGAAUCAAGUACUGCAAUUUUUAAAUGUUUUUUGUUUAUUCAUUAUGCGAAAUCGAUAUUAAUUUCUCUAGUGAAUAAUUCGUAUUUUGUAUAAAUUCGCGAAAACAACCGAAAAUCAAGUACUGCAAUUUUUAAAUGUACAGUAAAAAAAAUGUUUACUUAUUGUUACAUUUGAAGCCAUUAAUGUAUAAGAUAAAUAUGUAAGCGAACAACACAACUAUUAUUAAAUAAUUAAGUUAAAUUUAUUAUACAUGUUAUCGAUUAUUUUACAUUUAAUAAUGAUUCUUACUUUCAAUAAACGAAAUUAAUUUCCAA